AUGCCUUCCAAAACCAUAACAAAGCCUAUAAAGAUUACAAAAAUCAACAAGAGAAAAAAGGAAAUUGUACAAACGUUCAUCGCUAAUAAUAAGGAUAUUGAUACUCAAGUCUACUAUCCUAUCUCUCAAAAGGAGCGUGAGUCUUUUAUAAAUCCAAAGACCGGAAAGGUUGUCACUCCUUUUCAGUAUAAAGUAUAUGACCUAGUAGCUCAAGUUCCAAAAGGACAAGUUACUUCUUAUAAAGUAUUGAGCGAUACUUUAAAAUCCGCACCUCGAGCAGUGGGUCAAGCACUUCGAUUAAAUCCCUUUUGUCCUUUACCCGUUCCUUGCCACCGGGUGAUUGCAUCUGAUUUGACGAUUGGAGGAUUUUCAGGAAGCUUUGGUGAUAGUCAAUUCGUAGCAAACAAGAAGGCUAUGCUUGAAUUGGAAGGUUGUAGUUUUAAUGAAAAUUACGUGUUCAAAAAUAAUGUGGAUGGAAGUCAAAUAAUGUUUAAGGAUUUUAAAUAA